CAUUAAUUCAAGGUUAUAUGAUUUCUAAGGUAGAACAUAAUGUAAAAAGUGCAUCUGUUGGCAGUUAGGUUUAUGCGAAGUACAAAGGCAACUUUGUUUACAUAAAUUUCAUUCAUGAAUUUCAAUGAUCUAAAUUUAGAAAUUUGGGUUCCCAAUUUUCAUUUCACACGGAGUUAUUCAUUCAUAAACCCGCGUGUUUGUGUAGUAAAAUGCUAUCAAUGUGGUUUGGCGAUUUAUACUCCGCUCUUCAUUUUGGAUUAAGCAGACUAUGGCCGCUAUCUGUACCCAGGAGGAGAAACGUGUGUACCGCUUAAUAUCAAUGCUGAAUGAAGAGGGACGACUUGUUCUCAGAUUAUGUAUAUUUUUCCUGUUGCCACAGUUCGCUUGUAAACCUUUCGAGGAAUACCUGGGACAGGCUCAAGUCAAGAAAAGGAUAGAAGAUGCGUUAUAUAAGAGUAAAAUAAUCACAACGGACCAGUUCCUCAUGAUGUUUCCAAAAGUGGGCGUGCCUGAUUUCAAAUUAUUAGAUAUAACUUUACUUGUGUUUCUCAUUCGACAGCUUCAUCCAUUUCUUAAGCCAAGUAAUCAAAUAUGGACAGAUCCGCCCGAAGGAAAUACAAGCAUCGAAGCGGACAUUUCUCGUAUUAGAAAUUUAAGGAAUAGGUUGUCACAUACUGGGAUAGCGUCCUUAUCAGAGGCAGAUUUUGAGAUUGAGUACAAUCAGCUGGAAACUAUUUUAUGCCGGCUGGCUGGAAAUGUGGGUAAAAGUAGGAUAACUCCAGAUGGAAUAAAAGAAAGGUUGAAAAAGAAGAAAACUGGAUCUUUUGAGACAAAACCGGUUCAAAUUGAUAUAUCUACAAAUGUAUCAGACAGUUUAGAAAGAAGAACUAAAUCAUUACAAAAUGUCGUAGCUGAAGACAAAACAACAAGUACCUCGUCUCUCCAAGAAUGUCAAACACAUCAAACCCAACAACAACGUAGGCCGGUUCAAAUUAAUGUAUCUACACAUGUAUCAGACAGUUUAGAAAGAACUGAAUCAUUACAAAUGGUCGUGGCUGAAGACAAAACAACAAGUACCUCAUCUCUUCAAGAAUUUCAAACACAUCAAACCCAACAACAACGUAGUGGAGGCAGACUUUGUUCUUUUUCAAAAUUGUGUAUCUUUCAAUCAUGUUGCAAGGACUUUGAACCCAGAACUUUCCUCACAAAUGACCAUACCUCUUUGGAGUACCGCUGUUCUAUAACCAGUAUUGCUGUUCUUCAGAAUGGAACAUUACUGGCAACUGACACAGCACAUAAUGUAGUUGAAGCAUUUACCUGCUCAGGACAACAGUUUGAAGAAUUCAAGUGCCAAACCCCAAAUUCUGUAUGUGCAAUAAAUCAUGACACCGCCGCGGUAUCAUUAUGUAAAGAAAAGAAAAUUAUUCUUUUAAAUAUAGCGUGUCAGUCAAGGAGCAUGAUUUCCAAAUUGGAAUACGAUGUUAAGUGUACUUGUGAUAUACUGAGUGUAAAAUAUAAUUCAGGCUUUUUAUAUGUGUUGUGUGAAAAGGGUGAAGUACACACAAUAAAUAGUAAUACGGGCACCGAACAAGCAUUAUAUCAAACAAACAUCCUAAUGCCGUCUUAUUUCGAUAUUACUUCUGAUGGAAACAAAAUCUACAUUAGUAAAGGAUCAACAAUAACCUGUUUGGGGUUACCUGGAAAUUGUGAAAAGAAAUAUAUUGAUAAGACUGGGCGGGAACUGAAAGGUAUUGUGGUCAGAAGAAAUAAGAUGUACGCAUCUGUUUGGGAUGGAGGUAUUGUUUUAAAGUUAAACAAAGAUUUAACACUAGUCAAGGAAAUAUUUAUUGACAAUCUACAAAACCCGAUGGCAUUAUGUAAAUUUAAAGAGCAUCUGUACUUAUCAAAAUACAGGACCGACUUAGACAGAUAUAUGUGCAGAGAAAUUGUUUUUGUUAAGAUAUGAUUAUAUGAUUAUAUUUGUUUAUCCAAAGUG